AUGCGGCAGCAGCUCCGGCAGUUGCAGGAGGAGCAAAGCAAGUGCCAGGAGCGUUGCCAGGAUCUUGCGAAUCGCUUGGAGGCUGCCGAGGUUGAGCCUACCAAGGAGUGUUUGGCAAACGAUGACACUGCAAAGCAGGUGCAACCACAGCUGCAAGGGGAGAGAUGCAGCUACAAGGAGGCACGCUGCUUCCCGAUUUCAUCGGAAGACGUGGCAAGCAAGUCUGGGCUGCAGCAGGAGAAGGCAGUUCUGCAAGACAGGUGUGAGCAGCUCCUGCAGCAGCUUGCCAAAGCAGAGUCGAAGCAGGCUUUGCGGGAAGAGAUCGGCAUGUACAAAGAGUGCCUGCGUUGGCUGGAACGCCUGGUUGUUGAGACCAAGAAGAGCCAUCGCUUGGGCGGUGGCAUCUCGGAUCAUCCCUGCCUGAACCUUCGCGGCACAGCUCCCAGCGACACAGCCUUCGGUGAUGCCGAGAGGCUGGGGUACAGCCUUAUCGAGGAGGACCGAGCCUCUGUCCUGAGUGGGUCUUCCGGCUGCUCGGUGAAGCAGAACUGCUUCAUGCUGGAUGCCGUCUUCAAGAGCCGCAUGGAUUUCUUCCGCGAGGGGAGGGACCUCCAGAAAGGUGCGCAAGUCUUGGCGGGUGAUGGCAAGACUGUCCUGGAAGUGGUCGAGAUCUCGAAGGAAAGGCAAGCUACGGAAGUGGUCGACUCGCAGGCGGGUGCUGCAACACUGCGGGUGACUCCGGACCAUCCCGUGCAGAUUCCGGAUGAAAGUUGCGAACCGGGCGACUUCGUGAUGCUCGACUUGGGGGAGCAAAGGGCGCUCACCUGUGCAAUGGCGCAGUCCAUGGAGUGCGAGGAGAUCGUCUUCAAGCCCGACCUGCCUGCGGCCGUCUUGAGAGGCAACGACUCGGCCGAUCCGAUAGAUGGUGGAGCCUCGAUUCCCGACGCGGCGGCCGGCAAAUGCGAAAAACAUCUGUACCAGCACGGGUCGGCGUUCUGA